CUGACUGCUCUGAACGUCAAGCAAGGCUUCAAUAACCAGCCGGCGGUCUCUGGGGAUGAGCACGGCAGUGCCAAAAAUGUGAAUUUCAACCCAGCGAAGAUCAGUUCAAAUUUUAGCAGUAUUAUUGCAGAAAAGCUGCGGUGCAAUACACUGCCUGACACGGGAAGACGGAAACCCCAGGUGAACCAGAAGGAUAACUUUUGGCUGGUGACUGCACGUUCUCAGAGUGCCAUAAACAACUGGUUCACAGAUCUGGCUGGAACCAAGCCUCUCACUCAUCUCGCUAAAAAGGUGCCUAUCUUUAGCAAGAAGGAAGAGGUCUUUGGUUAUUUGGCAAAAUACACUGUUCCAGUAAUGAGAGCAGCCUGGCUCAUCAAAAUGACUUGUGCCUAUUAUGCUGCCAUCACAGAAACCAAGGUGAAAAAGCGUCAUGUCAUUGAUCCCUUCAUUGAAUGGACGCAGAUCAUCACCAAGUACCUGUCAGAGCAGCUGCAGAAAAUUGCGGAGUUCUAUAGGCAGCUCCCAGGGCAAGGCUGUGGUUCACCGUCUGGGCCAAUGCCCCAAGAGGUGGAACAAGCUUUGAAGCAGUGGGACUACAAUGAGAAACUAGCUAUGUUCAUGUUCCAGGAUGGCAUGCUGGACCGGCAUGAAUUCCUGACGUGGGUCCUCGAGUGCUUUGAGAAGAUACGGUCAGGAGAAGAUGAAUUUCUGAAAAUGCUCCUACCCCUGCUGCUGCGGUACUCUGGAGAGUUUGUGCAGUCUGCAUACCUGUCCAGACGUCUGGCCUACUUCUGCACCCGCAGACUUGCUAUGCAACUGGAUGGUGCUGGCGGGCACCCACCCCACAUCCUGUCUGCCCAGACAGGGAACACUCUUCCUUCAACUCCCACCCCUCAGCCAGCUGCAGGGAAUCCUCCUCCCAGCCCUUUCAGUGACUUACUGCUGUGCCCUCAGCACCGACCAGUGGUAUAUGGGCUCAGCUGCAUCCUCCAGAGUAUAAUUUUGUGUUGCCCAAGUGCCCUUGUGUGGCAUUACUCAUUGACUGAUAGCAGGAUAAAGACCGGCUCUCCAUUGGAUCACCUGCCUAUAGCCCCAUCCAACUUGCCCAUGCCAGGAGGGAAUUCAGCCUUUACACAGCAGGUUCGGGCAAAGCUGCGUGAAAUUGAGCAGCAGAUAAAGGAACGUGGCCAGGCUGUGGAGGUUCGCUGGUCAUUUGACAAGUGCCAGGAAACCACAGCAGGUUUCACUAUUGGCCGUGUCUUGCACACUUUAGAAGUUCUAGACAGUCACAGCUUUGAAAGAUCUGACUUCAGCAACUCUUUGGAUUCCUUGUAUAACAGGAUAUUUGGGCUGGGUCCAACCAAAGACAGUCAUGAGAUCUCCCCAGAUGAUGAUGCAGUGGUGGCCUUGCUGUGUGAGUGGGCUGUCAGCUAUAAGCGCUCUGGACGCCACAGGGCUAUGGUUGUGGCCAAACUCCUGGAGAAGCGUCAAGCAGAGAUAGAGGCUGAGAGAUGUGGGGACUCUGAAGUCGUGGAUGAAAAGGGCUCCAUCUCCUCGGGCUCUCUCUCAGCAGCCAGCGCUCCUGUCUUUCAGGAUGUCCUUAUGCAGUUCCUUGACACUCAAGCUCCUAUGCUAACUGAUCCUGGGAAGGAAAAUGAGAAGGUGGAGUUCUUUAACCUGGUGCUGCUGUUCUGUGAGCUAAUCCGACAUGAUGUCUUCUCUCACAACAUCUACAUGUGCACGCUCAUCUCCCGGGGUGAUCUUGCCAUGGAUUCUCAUGGGCCUCGCCCACCCUCACCCUUUGAUGACCCUGCUGAGGAACACGACAGGAAAGAGACAGAGGGAAACAGUGGCAUCAAGCUAGAGGACACAGGUCUUUCUGAGCCCAUGGACAUUGACCACAACUCCAGCAUGCUGUUUGAUGACAUGGAGAAGACAGACUUUUCGAUGUUUUCUCCUCCAAUGCAUUGUGAAUCUAAAGCCAGCCCUUCCCCUGAGAAACCGGAUCCUGAAAAGGAACCAAAGCCUCUGCUGAAGGAUAAGUCUGUGGAAGGAAUGCUAGCAUCCCUGUAUGACCAGCCUCGGCACAUCCAGUAUGCAACACACUUUCCUAUUCCUCAGGAGGAGUCAUGCAGUCACGAGUGUAACCAACGGUUGGUAGUUCUUUUUGGGGUUGGAAAACAACGGGACGAUGCUCGGCAUACAAUCAAGAAAAUAACCAAAGACAUUCUAAAAGUCUUAAACAGAAAGAGCACUGCAGAGACGGGUGGAGAGGAGGGACAGAAGAGGAAAAAGAGCAAGCCAGAAGCAUUCCCAACAGCUGAAGAUAUCUUUGCAAAAUUCCAGCACCUUUCUCACUUUGAUCAGCACCAAGUCACAUCUCAGGUAUCUCGCAAUGUCUUGGAACAGAUCACCAGCUUUGCCUUGGGAAUGUCAUACCACCUGCCUCUGGUACAGCAUGUGCAGUUCAUAUUUGACUUGAUGGAGUAUUCACUCAAUAUCAGUGGUCUUAUCGACUUUGCCAUCCAGUUGCUGAAUGAACUGAGCGUGGUGGAGGCAGAACUGCUGUUGAAAUCCUCCGACCUUGUUGGCAGCUACACCACCAGCUUGUGCCUGUGCAUUGUGGCUGUGCUGCGGCACUACCACUCCUGCCUUAUAUUGAACCAGGACCAGAUGGCUCAGGUCUUCGAAGGUCUGUGUGGGGUGGUGAAACAUGGCAUGAACCGCUCAGAUGGCUCCUCAGCAGAGCGCUGUAUCCUGGCCUAUCUCUACGACCUGUAUACCUCCUGCAGUCACCUCAAAAGUAAAUUUGGGGAGCUCUUUAGUGACUUCUGCUCCAAGGUGAAGAACACAAUCUACUGCAAUGUUGAGCCAUCUGACUCCAACAUGCUAUGGGAACCAGAGUUCAUGAUUGACACUAUUGAAAAUCCGUCUGCACAUAACUUUACAUACACUAACCUGGGCAAGAGCCUCAAUGAAAACCCAGCCAACCGCUACAGUUUCGUCUGUAAUGCACUUAUGCAUGUGUGUGUGGGACACCAUGAUCCAGACAGGGUGAACGACAUUGCUAUCCUGUGUGCUGAGCUAACCGGCUACUGCAAGUCUCUAAGCGCCGAGUGGCUGGGUGUGCUCAAAGCUUUGUGCUGUUCCUCCAAUAAUGGGACCUGUGGCUUCAAUGAUCUCCUCUGCAAUGUUGAUGUCAGUGACUUAUCUUUCCAUGAUUCCUUGGCCACUUUCGUUGCCAUUCUCAUUGCCCGACAGUGCUUGCUGCUGGAGGACCUGAUUCGCUGUGCUGCUAUCCCCUCACUCCUCAAUGCUGCUUGCAGUGAACAGGACUCAGAACCAGGAGCACGUCUGACCUGUCGGAUUUUACUCCAUCUGUUUAAGACUCCGCAACUGAAUCCAUGCCAGCAAGAUGGCACUUCCCAGAAUCGUAUUGUGGAUGGAGCAGUCUUUGCAGUGCUGAAGGCUGUCUUUGUUCUGGGAGAUGCAGAACUGAAAGGCUCUGGCUUUUCCCACCCUGGAGGUGUCGAUGAUCUCAUGGAUGAUGAGCUGGGCACCAGGAAGGCCAGUGGUCGGGUAGUAACUGUAGAAACAGCUAGCUUGGAUAUUUAUGCCAAAUAUGUACUAAGGAGUAUAUGUCAACAGGAGUGGGUGGGCGAGCGAUGUCUGAAGUCCCUCUGUGAAGACAGCAAUGACUUGCAGGAUCCUGUCCUGAGCAGCACACAGGCCCAGAGGCUGAUGCAGCUGAUUUGUUAUCCACACCGGCUGCUGGACAAUGAGGAAGGAGAAAAUCCUCAGCGGCAGAGGAUUAAACGCAUCUUACAGAAUCUGGACCAGUGGACCAUGAGGCAGUCCUCGCUGGAGCUGCAGCUCAUGAUUAAGCAGACUGCAAACAAUGAGAUGAACUCCUUGUUAGAAAAUAUAGCCAAGGCCACCAUUGAGGUAUUCCAGCAGUCAGCAGAGACCAGCUCUGCUAGUUCUGCUGGCAAUGGAGUCAACAAUAUCAGUAGCUCAGCAAGUGCUACGCCUGCCAGCAACAAAUCCAAACCCAUCCUCAGCUCCCUGGAGAGAUCGGGAGUGUGGCUGGGGGCCCCUCUGAUUGCCAAGCUUCCAACAUCAGUGCAGGGCCAUGUGCUGAAAGCUGCUGGAGAAGAACUGGAGAAAGGACAACAUCUGGGGUCAUCGUCCCGCAAAGAGCGGGACCGCCAGAAGCAGAAGAGCAUGUCCCUCCUGAGCCAGCAGCCAUUUCUGUCACUGGUGCUAACAUGCUUGAAAGGACAGGAUGAGCAGCGGGAAGGCCUUCUCACAUCUCUGUACAGUCAGGUCCAACAGAUUGUUACGAAUUGGCGGGAAGAUCAGUAUCAAGAUGACUGCAAAGCCAAGCAGCUGAUGCAUGAGGCCCUGAAACUACGGCUGAAUUUGGUGGGGGGAAUGUUUGACACAGUUCAGCGCAGUACACAGCAGACGACUGAAUGGGCUGUGCUUCUUCUGGACAUCAUCAGCAGUGGCACUGUGGACAUGCAGUCAAACAAUGAGCUCUUCACCACUGUGUUGGACAUGCUGAGUGUUCUCAUCAACGGCACCCUGGCUGCUGAUAUGUCCAGCAUUUCUCAGGGCAGCAUGGAGGAGAACAAGCGGGCAUACAUGAAUCUUGUCAAGAAACUCAGGAAAGAGCUGGGGGACCGGCAAUCUGACAGCCUGGAGAAGGUGCGACAGCUACUGCCGCUGCCCAAGCAGACCCGAGAUGUCAUCACCUGUGAACCUCAGGGAUCCCUCAUUGACACCAAAGGCAAUAAAAUAGCUGGAUUUGACUCCAUCUUCAAGAAGGAGGGUUUGCAAGUCUCUACAAAACAGAAGAUUUCCCCUUGGGAUCUGUUUGAGGGCUUAAAGCACUCAGCCCCCCUCUCCUGGGGAUGGUUUGGGACAGUCCGGGUGGAUCGCAAGGUGUCUAGAUUUGAGGAGCAGCAGAGGCUUCUUCUGUACCACACGCACUUGAAACCCAAGCCCCGCAGUUACUACCUGGAGCCAUUGCCGCUGCCCCCUGAAGAGGAAGAGCCUCCUACACCUGUGGCUUUAGAGCCAGAGAAGAAAGCUGCAGAACCAACCAAGGCUGAUAAAACAAGCUCCAAUCCUGCCACCUCUACUGAAGAACGCAAGAAGAAACAGAGCAAAACCAAGAAACGCAACCAAUCUGCCAGCAAAACUGAGGAUUUUGUGUUGGGCCCUAGCCGAGGGGUUUCAUAUGGAGUUGGUAUGCCUACAGAUCUCUUGCAUCACCAGUCAGGAAGCAGUAUGUCGAGGCUGGCAUAUGGGCAAUCACCAGUGGGUCUCUAUGCCCAGAAUCAGCCUCUUCCAGCAGGUGGCCCUCGCCUGGAUACAUCCUACAGACCUGUACGCAUGCCACUGGGGAAACUUGUUCAGAGUCGUCCGCCCUAUAGUGGUGUGCUGCCUCCAGGGAUGGGGAGCAUGAUGGGCAUUGACCCCUCCUACAAGCCAGCAGUGUACAGACAGCAGCCUCCAGUGUCCCAGGGACAGAUACUGAGGCAGCAGCUUCAAGCAAAGUUGCAGGGCCAAGGCAUAAUGGGACAGCAGCCCGUGCGCCAGAUGGCUCCAACCCCAUCCUAUGGAGCACUGCAGCCCUCCCAGGGUUACACGCCUUAUGUCUCCCACAUAGGCCUUCAGCAGCACCCCUCCCAGUCAGGCACGAUGGUACCUCCUACCUAUUCUGGCCAACCCUAUCAGAAUUCCCACCCCAGCUCUAAUCCUGCCCUGGUGGAUCCUGUUAGACAGAUGCAGCAGAGACCCAGCGGCUACGUACACCAGCAGGCCCCUGGCUAUGGGCACACCUUGGGCAACACACAGAGGUUUCCUCACCAGUCAAUACAGCAGGCCCCCAUGAUGAGUGGGAUGAACCAUUUGGGUCCACAAGGAGUCCCCUCAGGAAUUCGACCCAGCCAGAUACUGCCUGAUCAGCAGCAGCAGCAGUACCUGAGGCAGCAGCAGCAACAGCAGCAGCAGAUGCUGAGGCCACAGCAGCAACCCCAGGUCUCCACAGUGCCUCAGCCACAGGCGCAGGGCCAGCCCCCAGGGCUAGGGAUGCAGGCUCUUCACCCCCAGCAGCCCAUUUUCCAGCGCCAGGGCCUUCAGCAGACACAGCAGCAGCAGCAAACAGCUGCUCUGGUUCGACAGCUUCAGCAGCAGCUUUCCAAUACACAGACACAGCAGAACAGCAACCCGUUUGGACGCUACUGAUCUGUGGCACUUCAGCCCGAUCCAGGAGGGAGACAUCACUGUGGACUGGAUACAGCCUCUUCAGCCUGACCCACAAACUGGGGCUGCCCCCAACCUCUGUCCUUGGGCCUGUGCCCCUAGUGCUGCUGCUGCCUGUCUCACAGGGAGAUGCCAGGAGGAUGGUUUUAUUGUACAGAGAAAGGGUUUUUACUAUCCGAUUUCUACAAAUGUUUAUGGAGAUACCUUGUGGCUGAUAGUCUCCCUUCCCACUUUGGUUUCAGUUUUUACUCAGUUUUUAGUAUUUUUGUUAAAAUAAUGAUUAAGACAUUGUAAAAUUUUGUAUUUUAUUUAUACCAGAUGAACCCCGUACUGCAGACAUUCUCGGAUGAAUACAGAGAGCUUACUUUGCAAAA